AUGGCGAGGUCAUCGUCUCCAGUCAAGGCCUCGCUCCCGAAGCAGCGCCGCCUGCUCCGUCCUCGCCGUUCUCCAAAGCGCACCACCGCCCUGAGCCUCCCUGGCGCGGAGGAAUUCUUUGCUGUCGCCGAGCACCUGGUGCAGCAGGACGCCGCCGCCGCUCCAGCGCCUGGGUAUACCACGGCCUCUGACGAGACCCUCGCGGUCCACGCCGGGGAGAAGCUCCGGAAGAACGGCAUGGCGGACACGGACUCGAUCGCGACGCCGAUCGUGAGCGGCACCACGCACUGGUUCAAGAACUCGGACGACCUCAUCGCCUUCAAGGAAGGCAGGCGCCACAGCUUCGAGUACGGACGGUACGGCAACCCCACCGUUAGCGUCCUUGAAGAGAAGAUCAGCGCGCUGGAAAGAGCGGAGGCCACACUGGUCACCUCCUCCGGCAUGAACGCCAUCGUCGCCACGCUGCUCGCCCUCGUGCCGCCAGGCGGCCACGUCGUGACCACGACCGAAUGCUACAGCGAGGCGCGCAUCUUCAUCCGCGAAAGGCUCUCCAAAAUGGGAAUCAGGUCCACCUUCGUUGAUCUGAACGACAUCGAGACGCUGAAAGCCGUUCUUGACCAGGGCGAUGUGACACUAUUCUAUACCGACUCUCCCACGAACCCCUACCUCAAGUGCAUAGACAUUAAACUCGUCGCCAAGCUGUGCCACCUGAAGGGUACUCUCGUGUGCAUCGACAGCACGCUUGCCUCGCCGAUCAACCAGAAGCCGCUCACCCUCGGCGCCGACAUUGUCGUGCACUCCGCCACAAAGUACAUCGCCGGCCAUCACGACGCUAUCGCAGGAUGCAUCAGUGGCUCCCAGGAGCUCAUCAAGACAAUACGCGCAUGGCACCAAGACCUCUGCGGCGCCAUCAGUCCGGAUGCGGCCUACAUGAUCAUACGUGGGCUCACGACAAUGGCGCUGCGCGUGGAGACCCAAAACCGGACGUCUUUGCGCAUGGCGCGCCUGCUCGAGAACCAUCCGAAGAUCGAACAUGUGUACUACCCUGGGCUCAAGAGCAGCCCGUGGCACCACAUCGCCGAGAGCCAGAUGACUGGUUUUGGCGGCGUCGUCAGCUUUGAAGUGGCGUCGGACCUGCAGGGCGUCAUGAGGUUCAUAGACGCGCUCGAGAUACCCUUCAUCGCAACAUCGCUCGGCGGGUGCGAGAGCCUCGUGCAGCAGCCGGCGGUCAUGUCCUUCAUGCCCUUCUGGGGUCAGAGUGACGAGGAGAAGGCCAAGAAUGGGAUCAAGGAUAACUUGGUGAGGUUCAGUUUCGGGAUUGAGAAGUUUGAGGAUCUCAGGGAUGACAUUCUCCAAGCCCUGGAGAAGAUGUAGGACUAUUUUUUGAUGAACAAUUAAUUGUGUAGCGACUUUGAUAAAACUAGCUAGGUAGAAACCUUUCUGUAGAUAUAAUAGCCUAAUAGGUAGUUGACUUGCGCUAAAGUUCAGA